CUGCGCCGUCUCAUUUCUUCCUUUCCAACCAAAUGAUUCGAAAAUUUCAGCUUCUCCCUGUUCCCGAUGUUUUUGCCGAAAAUAUUGAAUACGAUAUACUAAUGCUACUCCCUCCUACUAUGCUUGUUCAACUGAGUCAUGAAUGUCAAGAAUGGAGAGGUAUUAUUUCAGAACCAGUUUUUUGUAAGAGGAAUCUGAGGCUCGCAGGCAGUCAACAAGUGCUUCUCGUUUUAAGAGAUUCAUAUCCAAUUGAUGUUGAUGAAGAUGAAGUGGAAAACAGGCACAUAGUAUUUUAUCGUCAUCCAAUCUCCAACAUAGAGAAUACUCUCAAUAUGAAUGACAACAGUGAUUUCCACUACUGGGAUCUAACUCUCAAUGAACAGGUUCCUUUUCCUGAUUUUUUUUCUGGCAUGAUGUUAGAUUCUCUACCCGUUUCUGAUGGACUUUUUUGUUAUAACAAUAUGUUGGAUAACCCUAAUUUGUUGAUGAUAUGGAAUCCAACUCUUGGAAAAUAUAAGGAAAUGGAGUGUUGGAGGCCAAUAACAAAAUCCUACGUAUUAGUACCCUCUCUAGGCUAUUCGAAUCACUUGGGCGCUUAUGUUUUCUUUGCCGUUUUUCUUAAUUUAUAUGAAAAAUGUGAUGGGACUUUCUUCCAGAUGUAUAAUCUUAGGGACCAGACCUGUACUAACUUGGGCGAAUUUCCUAGCAAAAAUUUGAUAAGUAGCAUUGGUCUAUUUCUAGACAAUACUCUCUAUUGGUUGGAUACAAGUUAUUCAACUAUUUCAUAUGAUUAUGUUAGGAAGGCUUACAAUGACGCCGUAGAGUUCCCUGACAAUUUUUUUCCCGAAGAGGGCAGUGAUUAUAUUUUGGACACUGUAUCUCAACUCUGCCUACUUAAAGACAAAGUUUCCAUCCUGUCUACCAUUCGCUUUCAACCUAAUGACUCCUUUAGUCAUUCCAUUUGGACAUUAGAGAUCGAGGGUGGAAAUUGGAAUCUGAUGUACAACAUCCAGUUUCCCAAUAUGGACUUUUCUAACGAUCCCCUAUGGAUAAUUCCUCUGUUUAUGGACGACGAUGACAAACUCAUAAUGCUACUCCAAAGGCCUCUAGAUUUUGCCAUAUUUGAUGUCACGCAUUCCAUUUUCCGUCGCCAUUCCAUCUUCCGUCUGACACAUAUAACUUCUCUGAUGGUGUGCGCUCUUUACCAAGAAAGCCUCGUUUGGCCCUUUUAAGUGAACUAAUGGGACAAAAGCUGAAUAAGAUCCAAAAUGUGAUCUAUUGGACUAUGAGUUCAUGCUAAAAGGUUUUGGAUGUCAAGGUAUGGUUAAGAUCCAAAAUGUGAUCUAUUCGACUAUGAGUUCAUGCUAAAAGGUUUUGGAUGUCAAGAUAAAAAACAGCUGGGUGAUGUUCUUCAAUGGAGUCAUUGCAUGCCAAUAGUCAGUCCUGAUGGAAACAAGUGACUCUAGUGUGAAUACAAGAUUACACUCAAAGAUGUUUUUAAUUCAUGGCAAACUCAAAUAAACAUUCAAUCAACAAGGCGGAAGCAGAAAACUCAAAGAAAAGCAAGCAUUGAUCACUCAUGAUAGUACAGGCUGAUCUAUUAUACCUAUAGGUCGACUCAACACAAGCAGAUCAAGAAGUAUGCAGAAAACCAGCAGUUAGGUCGACCUACUGUCAACCCAGGUCGACCUAAAAUGGAGAAAAAUCCACAUACUUCUGCUAGGUCGACUCACACAUCAUCUAGGUCGACCUAAAUUGAUGAAAUUUACAUACCAGUCUGCUAGGUCGACCUAAUCUGAGAAAAUAUCCCCAGAAUGCAUUUGAAGAGGAUUCUGGUCGACCUACUCCUUAAACAGGUCGACCUAACUGGGAGCAAAAUUCUGCAAGCUCUGCUAGGUCGACCUAAGCACUACAAGAGGUCGACCUAACUGAUCAAGAAUGCCAAAAAUUCUGUUUCUCUCAUCUCCAACUGUUAAGCUAUCAUAUAUAUUGUCAAAGGCUCAUUUUAUUCAACACAACACCAACGACUGAAAGAUACACAAAUGCUUCUCAUCUUCGUUCUUCAUCAUCUCCAACACAAUUACACAUAGUCAUUCUUGCGUUGCGGGUUAGUGAUGAGUUCGAUAACGUCCAUGGAACGGAAUUGAAGAUUCCUAGUGGGUGAAGGUUUGUGGGGUUUGUUGGUGAAUAAAAUCUGCGGGUUUUGUCCUCCAUGACGGGUGGUUCUUGGGGGUUUUUAUCAAGAGGCGUUCAUUGAGGAUUCGGCUGAGUGUAACGAUUGAGGAACGGGGAGUUCAAGGAAUCAAGACACUGCAGAAGGGAAUCAAAGUGAAGCUCUUGGAUAACCUUGAUCUUGCUCAAGAUUAAGGGGGAAGAAGAAUCAAAGGAUCGACAUAACUGGUUUAUCGUUUAUCGCUUUGUUAUCUUCUUUGUAUAUACUACUUUCAACAUUAAUGAAAGAUUACCCAAUUUCAAUUUGGAAUUGGGGGCAGACGUAGUCGUAGCGAGGACGAUCGACGAACUGCCUAAACAAAUAUCGUGUUAUUGUUGCUUUUACUUUUUCAUUUACAUUCUGUUCAUAUUUGGUUAUAAUAGCAAAUUGAUCAACGAUUCGAGUGUUAAGAUUGUGAAUUAAGAACUUACAUAAACAUCACAAUCCACCACACAUUGAAUUACCUUCAAUUUGAUCAUUAUCACCAAGUGUUUGUAUAUUUGUUUCUAUCACUCUUACUGCAUUGCAAACAUUGUCCAUCAUACAAAAAGUUAAUCUGAUUUUCAAUAAGAGCAACGCUUUGAUUCUGCAACAUAUACUCUUAUCACUUACCUCAAGUCUUUGACUGGUUUUUAAACACAUAUACAAUCGUUUCGAUAGUGGUUCGGAAUAGACGCGAGUCGAUUCAGAAUCACUUCCGCUGAAAAAGUCGUUUAACUCCGUAAAACUGUGAACGAUCUAUUCACCCCCCUCUAGAUCCUAAGGCCAGCGUCUAACAAGUGGCAUCAAGAGCUCUGGUUUAUUCCGUGCUACGUGAAACACUUAUUGGAAAGAUGGCUUCCGGACCUAAAGGGGCUCACAAUAGAGCUCCAGUUUUCAACGGUGAAAACUAUGGCUAUUGGAAGGAUUGUAUGUGUGUCCACAUCAAUGCAAUUGAUAGGAACAUCUGGACAGCUAUUGUCAAUGGUCCCUUUCAGAUCACCAUGACAAAUGCAGCUGGUGCAGUUGUUCCAAAACCAGAAAAUACUUGGGAUGCUGAAGAUGAAAAGAGAUAUGCAUACGAUUGGAAAGCGAGAAACAUUCUAAUCUCAGCUCUAGGAGUUGAUGAAUACUAUCGCGUUUCCCAUUGUAGAUCAGCUAAAGCUAUGUGGGACACAUUGCAAGUUGCCCACGAGGGAACGGAUGAUGUCAAACUAGCUAGGAUCAAUACGUUAACUCAAGAGUUCGAACUCUUCCACAUGGAAGAUGGUGAAUCCAUCGAAAACAUGCAGAAGAGAUUCGUUCAUCUGAAAAAUCGGUUAAAUUCUCUUGAUAGACAUGUUUCCAAUGCAGUUGCUACUAACAAAAUCUUAAGAUGUUUGAACAGGGAAUGGCAACCCAAAGUUACAGCAAUAAAGGAAGCAAAUGAUCUAAACACUUUAGACAUCACAACUCUAUUUGGUAAACUAGAGGAACAUGAACAACACCUUAAAUGCCUUGACAUGCAUGAGAAAAGGACAAGGAAAGAAAAGAACAUGGAGAAAGAGGUAGAGAAGAAGUCAAUAGCUCUAAAAGCUUCGAGCUCCAAGACCUCAAAACGAGAGCCAAAGGAUAGUGACACAAGUGAUGACGAAGACUCCGAUGAUGAGGAAAUGGGACUGUUUGUGCGAAGAUACAACAAAUAUCUAAAGAAAAAUGGAGCAAAACAUUCUGACAAAGGCUUGAUCAACUAUAGAAAGCAAUCAAACAUGUUCAAACAAGAUGACGACAACAAGGGAAAAAUCAAAGGUCUUUGCUUCAAUUGUGGGAAAGCCGGUCACUACAAACCGGAUUGUCCAUACCUUAAGAAAGAAAAGGAGAAGAACCAAAGCAAAGGUCAUAACAAAUCUAAAAGAGCCUACAUAGCAUGGGAAAGUGAUUCAUCUAGUGAAAGCUCAUCAAGCGAUGAAGAAGAAUCAGCAAACCUAUGUUUCAUGGCUCAUCAAAACAAGAAAAAGAAAGCUGUAAGUCAUCUUAAACCUGAACUCGUAGAUAAGGUAUCUCAUUCUCAACUAAAACUUGCUUUUGAAGAAUUACAUAGAGAUGCAAUUAAAGCUUUCAAACUUUUGGCCUCAAAUAAGAAGAUAUUUUCAUAUCUUGAAUCAAAAGUUGAGAAAACCGAAAAGGAUAUGGAAGCUUUAAAACAAUCUAUGCUAGACAUUCAAAAGGAUAAAGUUGAAAUAGAUCCUACAUCAUGGUUUGGUUGUGAGACAUGUCACAUUUGGCAAAAAGAAGUAAGAGAUCUAAAAGCCAAGUUAGACAAGGCUCUACAACCAAAAGUGACUUUUGCGGUUGAUCCAAAUAAGUUCAAAAGAUCGUAUACUCCUUUAUAUAGCAAAUACACCUUUGUACCAAAAGUAUCAACUAGCAAAACUCCAUAUUCUCAUCAUAUUACCUGUCAUUAUUGUUGCAAAAAGGGACAUACCAUUGAAAAAUGCAAAUUUAGGAGAAUUUUAGUUCCUAAAGGAGUAUUUCAAUGGUUGCCUAAGUGCAACAAAUUGUGUACUCACUACCAAGGACCCAAUGAAAAUUGGGGACCUCCCUCUUUAAAUUAAUAUUGCAGGAAAAGUGUCUUGACAUUGCCGAAAGGUUGUGGUUCCUUGAUAGCGGAUGUUCAAGACACAUGACUGGAGACCUAUCUCUUUUCGUUGAGUUUCAAGCAAAGAAAAAGGGGUAUGUCACCUAUGGAGAUAACAAUCGGGGAGCCAUACUUGGUAAAGGAAGUGUAGGUAACCCUUCUACCACUACUAUAACUGAUGUGCUGCUAGUAGAAGGUCUUAAACAUAAUCUUUUAAGUAUAAGUCAAUUGUGUGACAAAGAAUUUAAAGUAAUGUUUACAAAUUCUGGCUGCACAAUAGAACAUACUAAGAAAAGAGACAUUAUGUUUAAGGGCUUAAGAGUAAACAACAUCUACAUGCUAAACUUGGAUGAGGUAUCUAAGUCUAGUACCAAGUGUCUAGUUGCUCUGGGCGAUGACUUAUGGCUUUGGCAUAGACGUCUCGCCCACAUAAAUUUUGACUUACUUAAUAAAGUUGUCUCAAAAGAUUUAGUAAUCGGCUUAACUAAAAUGAAGUUUUCAAAAGAUCAUCUAUGUGAUGCUUGUCAAAAGGGAAAGCAAACAAAAAUCUCUUUUAAAUCAAAGAACGUGGUUUCAACAUCACGCCCUCUUGAACUACUUCACAUGGAUCUAUUUGGCCCUUCAAGGACUAAAAGCAUAGGUGGAAACACCUAUGGUUUUGUCAUUGUCGAUGAUUACUCGAGAUUUUGUUGGAUAAUCUUUCUACCUAGUAAGGAUCAAACUUUUCCAGCUUUCACACAAUUUGCAAGAUUAUGUCAACACAAAAUGAACAACAAAAUAGUUGCAAUUCGAAGUGAUCACGGUGGAGAGUUUGAAAACAUUCUUUUUGAAAAAUACUGUGAUAAACAUGGAAUUGAGCAUAACUUUUCAGCUCCUAGAACACCUCAACAAAACGGAGUAGUUGAACGUAAAAAUCGGGUUCUAGAGGAGCUGGCAAGAACAAUGCUGAAUGAGGGUAAUCUACCAAAGUAUUUCUGGGCUGACGCGAUUAGUACAGCAUGUUAUGUUUUGAACAGGAUAACAAUACGUCCUAUACUGAAUAUGGCUGAGUAUGAAGCAUGUAUCUUGGGUCUCAAAGCUGCUAUCGACUUAAGAAUCAAGUUCUUGGAAGUAUAUGGGGAUUCGGCCCUAGUAAUUAGUCAGAUCAAAGGAGAAUGGGACACGAAGCAUCCUAAUCUCAUGCCUUAUAAAUAUUUGGUGCUAUCUUUAUUUCCACACUUCGAAGAGAUUACUUUUGAACAUAUUCCUCGAUAAGAGAAUCAGUUAGCAGAUGCAUUAGCCACUAUGUCAUCCAGGUUCAAGGUCAGAUGGGACAACGAGGCCCCCAUAGUUAUUAUCGAAAGAUAUGACGAACCAGCAUACUGUUACGAGAUAGUUACUGACGAGGUCGAAGAAAAGCCAUGGUUUCAAGAAGUAAAAAGAUACCUCGAGGCUCAAGAGUACCCUGAAGGGGAAUCUAUCAAUGACAAGAAAUUCUUAAGAAGGUUCGCAUCCAAGUUCUUUCUAAGCAAUGGAACCUUAUACAAGCGUAAUCAUGAUUCAACCUUGCUUCGUUGUGUGAACAAGAAGGAAGCAGAGGAGAUCAUGGAAGACAUGCAUAAUGGUACUUUUGGAACCCAUUCUAGUGGACAUACUAUGGCUAAAAAGAUUCUGAGAGCAGGUUACAAUUGGUCCACUAUGGAAACUGACUGUCACCAACAUUCCAGAACUUGCCACAAGUGCCAGAUCUAUGCUGACAAAGUACACGUACCUCCAGUUUCACUGAAUGUUCUGACUGCUCCUUGGUCUUUUGCAAUGUGGGGCAUUGAUAUGAUCGGGGAAAUCAAACCCACUGCUUCCAAUGGACAUCGUUUCAUCCUUGUGGCUAUUGAUUACUUCACCAAAUGGGUAGAAGCUGCUUCAUCCGCCUCCGUUACCAAGAACAUGGUGGGUCGAUUCAUUAAGCACAACCUUAUUUGUCGAUAUGGCAUCCCCGAAAGGAUUAUCACGGACAAUGGUACCAAUUUGAACAACAAUAUGAUUACUGAGCUCUGCACACAGUUCAAGAUUAAGCACCACAAUUCUUCUCCAUAUAGACCAAAGAUGAAUGGCGCUGUGGAGGCCGUCAACAAGAAUAUAAAGAAGAUUGUACAAAAAAUGACUAUGACCUAUAAGGAUUGGCAUGAGAUGUUACCAUUUGCUCUUCAUGGUUACCGUACUUCAGCACGCACCUCAACUGGGGCAACCCCGUUCUCACUAGUCUAUGGUAUGGAGGUUGUGUUACCAAUUGAAGUUCAGAUUCCAUCUUUGAGGAUCAUAAAAGAUGCAGAGUUAGAUGAAGACGAAUGGAUUCAGACUCGACUAUACCAGAUAAACCUGAUUGAUGAGAAGAGGCUCGCGGCUGUUUGUCAUGGACAACUGUAUCAGAAGCGUAUGAUCAAGGCAUUUAAUAAGAGAGUCAAACAACAAGCAUAGCAGACUGGUGACUUGGUCAUAAAGAGAAUUAUUCUACCGCAAGGUGAUCCUAGGGGCAAGUGGACGCCCACAUAUGAAGGACCAUUUGUGAUCAAGAAAAUAUUCUCUGGAGGAGCAAUGAUACUCACUACUAUGGAUGGCGAAGACUUUCCGCAUCCUGUGAAUGCAGACAUAGUCAAAAAAUACUACGCAUAAACACGACCCGUUAGGUCGACGUACCUAGUGUAACUCAGUGAACUAACUUUUAUUUUCGUAAGCAACAAUGUUGCGGUAAGCAUGAGUCGCCACCGACUUUUAUUUUGUCCAAUUUUAGGAAAGGCAAAAAGUACAGAAAAAGACCUUUUAAAAAAAACAGGCUCGGGGGUAGAUUAUGAAAAAGGGAAGGUGUAAGCACCCUUUUCAUCUGUAGUUAUCUACGGGCUCUUAAUUUGCUUAGCUCAUGUUUAUUUGUUUUGAAUUGAAAAAGGGCAUAAGGACUUUAGCGUAAAUGCGUAGCCUUAGUUUUUGAAAGAAUAUUGAAAAAAAGUUUUUUAAUUGAGCUAGGCAUAUUAAGAGCACUACCCUAAAUAGUUGGUCUUUUUCUAUGCUUUUUAAAGUUCCUAGGACUAUCCAUACUAUAUAGAAGUAGGUAGUCCUUGUUUAUAUUGGACGUGCGGGUCAAUCGAAGGGUCAUCGAGGUCGUUGAAAGCAACAGGUAGAGGUACUUUUAGCAAUACUCGAAGGGACAAUCAUCAUUUCGUAGGCAACCAUUCGAGGGACUAGAUCAUAUAUUUUCGUAGGCAACUUUGAGGAUCAUCGAGGGACUUAUGAUCUUUAUGACGAUUUCUUAAUCGUUGGGACUUUUGCUAGUAGGUGUCAUACCCCAAAUUUGUCCUACCCUAUUCAUAUGGCUUAUGGUUCAUGUACAUACAUUACUUAGGUCAUAACUCACAUUCAUGCAUUCAUAUCAUUGUUACUAUUCAAAGACUGACAAACUACAAAGAGGUUUUGAUCAGGGAAUAAGGAGACUGGGGUAUAAUCAUGUGGUUCUGUGUUCAAGGAAGCCCUCCUGGAUUAGGGUUUUCUCAAUCUCGAUUCAAGGCAUUGAUUGAAGGAUACUGGCUUGCAAAUCAUCUGGUCUCCCAAAUCAGGGUCUCUUUGACCAAGGUCAACCAGUUGACUUUCGGGUCAACAUUUGAUCAGGAAUGGCUUCUAUGUGUGGAAGAGUUCUCAUACUGACUAUGUGGAUGCGUUUGUUUGACUGGAUUUGACUAGAGGAGAUUUAAUCAGGAAUUUCGUCAAUAGUCGGAAACGUCAGAACAGCUGACUUUUGGGUCAAAAUCAGAAGAAUUAUUCAAAUAUUGACUUUUGGUGGAAAAUCGGGCAAGGAAAGUCAAACAAUGGAUAAAAUCGGGAGUUUGACAAAAAGUUGCCAAAAAUAGGAAAAUAACAAAAAUAGAAAGUUUCCAACACUUAGAAAAUAUUUUGGAACUUUAAAUCUUGUUGGGCAGUCCACUUCAGCAUUGGAUUACACGUGGCAAAUGGCAUUUUUUGAAGAAAAUUCCAACAUCAAAGUUGUUCCUCUCAUGGAGGAGAACAACUUUGUAGUUGGACACUUUUUCAUUUGAAGCUUGUAUGAAGAGUUAAAGUGGUGUGAAGUUGCUGGAAACUCAUUUGAACCAAGUCAUAUUCCAGGUCACAAGUCAGGUCAUGACCUGGCAUUUUCACAAACACAUGGCAUGCCAAAUCUCCAGCCAUUUUUUGAGCUCUACAAAAAUGCCAUGAAUGCAAACUUGGUAUCAUUCUUUUCUUUGCCAUCCCCUCUAUCCAUUGAAACAAGAAUUGGCACAAUUGGACAAAUAUGGAAUGAGAUAUAAGUCUUCAAAGUCGUGCCCUCAUCAAGUCACAAUGACGCGUCUGGCUGAGCAGAAGUUCAAGGCAUGCGCAAGGCAUUUUCACAAACACAUGGUGGGCCAGAUUCAGACUCAAAUUUCUUCCUCCACAAGCCACUAUCUUGAACAAGCUUGAUUCUAAACCACUCCUUGCCAUGUCCUCUAUCUAAUAAGCCCAGCAACAUUGAUUUUGGACGCAUAUCGAGCUAGCAAGAGGUACCUAAAGUCACGCUCAUGGAAAUGCGUAUUGGCAAAGCUGCCAGGCAUAAAACCUCAGGUCGCGCACCCAGACACCUAUGCAAGUGUGCACCUCCAAAUUGAAGCGCAUGUUGAAUGAGUUCUAGGCCUCUUCUCAAAACAUUUCCAACAUGAAAUUUGAUAUAUACCAUGGCCUCUUUAAUGGGAGCCUGAGUUUGAGAUGAAUGAUGGAGUAUGUAUCAAGAUAUGAGUACAAGAAGGAAGCAUGCUAACCAUUUGCUGCAUGAAGGGAUAUCGGAUCCAUAAUGCAUAAUAUUGGUAGCCAAGAAUACAACCAUCCACUAUCACUUGCCAUUAAAGCCCAUGCAUGCAUUGAUUUCAAAAAAGACACUAAAAUGCUUGCUCCAAUUGCACAUACUUGCUCACUAAGCAUUGCCUUCCAAGUCCCACACCCAAGAAAUGACCUUGCUGCAAAUUUCACAUCACUAAAGCCCCACACCCAAAAAACCUUUCCAUUCUUUUCACACUUACCCUAUAUAAACAGUUCAAAGCUCACUCACUCAAGGGAAUUCACUCACGAUACAUUCCUUAUACACUACACAUUCCUCUCUCUCUCUCUCACUUUCAUUCUUUCUCUCUUUCCUCAUUCCUCCCCGGUUCUCUCUCCCCCUUCACUCAUUCUACCACCACCUGCCACCAUAACAACCUCCUCCGGCCGCCCUAACCAACUCCCCUAACUACUUCCGGCCACCACUUCUCAAACUCAAACUUCAGCAUCAAUCACGUUCAUCCUUUGCCAUCAUGAUGCCAUACUGAACAAGGUCUUCACCUUCAUCGCGAGCUCAAAGCGUUCAGCCGGCUAAGCUCACUUCACGGUGGUUAGAGAAACUGUUUAGUGCGCGUUCACGGUUAUCACCGGAGGCUAGGGUUUGUGCAGCUUCCUCUCCAUACUGAACCAAGAAGUGCUCAGGUAAGCGUCUAAACUCUUUGAACCUCGCAUCUGAACGCGUCAAAACCAUAUGCAUCUUGUUCAUAAUCUUGUAGCAUAUGUUAAAUCUUGAUAAAGAG